UUCGUAUACAUGAUGUCUGCUCUGCUGUGUAGUCUGUGAUAACAUUUUUAAUUUUUAUAGUGGAUCCACAAUGUAAAGAAAAAUAGAAUUAUCUUCUCCACUUCGAUAUUGGAUGUUGGUACUAACCGGCUACCUCUUUUUUAUACCAUAAAGAAACAUUUCAAUGGCAGGAGUCAAUCGUUAUAAUCGUUAUAGAUCUAAUCGGGAAUCAUCAAAAAAUAAUAAAAUCCCUAACUAUUGGAUAAAUUGCCCUCCUAUAGCUACUUCGGGGAUAGCUAAUGCAUUUGUAGCAUUCAAAACACCAUUAGAUUAUAAAUAUGACAAUAAAUUAGCAAUCAAGAUGAGAUUCAAUCCAGAAAUGGUAUUUAAUCAUAUGUUUUCAUAUCAGCAAAGUAUUGGCUUAUGGAUUGAUCUCACAAAUACAACACGCUACUAUAGCAAAUUUGAAAUAAAAAAUAUGGGAUGUGAUUAUAUAAAAAUACCUUGUACUGGUCACGGAGAUUUACCUAAUCGAGAAGUAAUAGAAAUGUUCUUCAAUAUUUGUUCAAAUUUUCUAGAAAACAAUUUUUCACAGUUUAUUGGUGUUCAUUGUACUCAUGGUUUUAACCGAACAGGAUUUUUUAUAGUUUCUUAUUUAGUGGAAGUAUUAAAUUUUGAUGUUACGAGUGCGAUACGUCAUUUUGCAGAAGCUAGAUAUCCUGGUAUCUACAGACAAAACUAUAUAAAUGAGCUUUACAGACGGUAUUCAAAUGAAGCUCCUAUUUUGGCUCCAAAACCCUAUUGGAUUUCUUAGUUUGUAAAUUGGAAGAUUUACAAUUAUUGAGUAGAUGAUACUCACAAAAGAAGGUUGAGAACCAUAACCAGUUGUAAGCUAUUGACAUUAUAUUGUUGUCGCCUACAUUGCUCAAAAUCAUUGAUUAUAGAAUAGUCUAUUCUAUAAUCAUUGCUCAAAAUUAAAAAAAAAAAUUGGAAUUAUAUCUUAU